CCCAAACGUCACCCCUAGACAUCCAAUCGGACCGGGCCGUAUAAAACACGCCGUUUCCUGCGCUGGGAUCAUGCUGAGGUCCGUGGGCACAGCUGACAGUUUUCACGCAACGUUCUUCCCAAACUGAAGGAGCUCCUACACGGAUAGUCUGCAAUUUGGCCCCGUCUGACACGAUGGCGGAGAUCACGGCAGUCCAAAGCGGAGAUGAGAUCCCGGCCCUGGGAUUGGAUGUGUCUGAACUCGCCGUCCAGGAGAAAGCAGGACCGCGGCUGUGAAGCGGGGAUAGAGGAGUGACAACACCGCGUAGUCUCUCCGCGAUCGGCCGCUCUUACACGCCCAAUCGGAGCGGCAGCACUAAAGCGGCGCCGCUUCUCAGUUUUAAAGGUGAGAUUUCAUAAACCGUGAGAUUUCCGACAACGUGGGAUUUCCAGAACUGAGGCACCAUGACAGAACGGAGAUGUUGGAAUCUGGAAGCUGUAGCUGAUCAGACUGACUGACAGAGUGGGUUCCAGGCGGGAAGGUUGUGCCUCCUCACCAUGGGAGACGGGGGCCUGGGUGCCAGGGGUGAGGGGCUGAACCACUCCCAUGUCCUGUUUGACCGCUUCGUCCAGGCCUCCACCUGCAAGGGCACACUCAAGGCCUUUCAGGAGCUGUGCGAUUUCCUGGACCUCAAGCCUAGCGAGUACCGCAUUUUCUAUCACAAGCUCAAGUCCAGGCUCAACUAUUGGAAGGCCAAGGCCCUCUGGGCCAAAUUAGAUAAACGGGCCUCUCACAAAGACUACAAAAAGGGUCGUGCGUGUGCCAACUCCAGGUGCCUGAUCAUUGGCGCGGGGCCAUGCGGCUUGAGGACGGCCAUCGAGUUGGGUUUCCUGGGGGCCAAGGUGGUCCUUCUCGAGAAGAGGGAUGCCUUCUCGCGCAACAAUGUACUCCACCUCUGGCCCUUUACCAUCCAGGACUUGCGUGGCCUGGGGGCCAAGAAGUUCUAUGGGAAGUUCUGUGCUGGUUCCAUCGAUCACAUCAGUAUCCGCCAGCUUCAGCUGAUGCUGCUGAAGGUGGCGCUGCUUCUGGGCAUCGAGAUCCAUGUGAACGUGGAGUUCAAGGGUUUAGUGGAACCCCCAGAGGAUCAGGAGAAAGCGAGAAUCGGGUGGAGAGUUGAGGUCCAUCCCAGGACACACCCUGUGAAUGAGAUGGAGUUCGACGUUGUCAUUGGGGCAGAUGGGAGGAGGAACACUCUGUCAGGGUUUAAGAGGAAGGAGUUCCGGGGCAAACUGGCCAUAGCCAUCACAGCAAACUUCAUAAACCGCAACACAACCGCUGAGGCCAAGGUGGAGGAGAUCAGUGGCGUGGCCUUCAUCUUCAACCAGAAGUUUUUCCAGGACCUCAGGGAAGCCACAGGAAUUGACCUGGAAAACAUUGUUUACUAUAAGGAUGACACCCACUACUUUGUCAUGACUGCCAAAAAGCAGAGUCUUCUGGAAAAAGGAGUCAUUCUGCACGACUAUGCCGACACGGAGCUGCUGCUCUCCCGGGGCAAUGUGGACCAGAUCGCCCUGCUGGCCUAUGCUCGCCAGGCUGCUGACUUCUCCACCAACCACCAGCUGCCCACGCUGGACUUUGCUAUCAACCACUAUGGGCAGCCGGACGUGGCCAUGUUUGACUUCACUUGCAUGUACGCAUCAGAGAACGCAGCGCUGGUGCGUCAGCGUAAUGGGCACCAACUGCUGGUGGCGCUGGUGGGGGACAGCCUGCUGGAGCCUUUCUGGCCCAUGGGCACAGGCAUCGCCCGGGGCUUCCUGGCCGCCAUGGACUCUGCAUGGAUGGUGCGCAGUUGGGCACUAGGCUGCCCCCCGCUGGAGUUGCUGGCUGAGAGAGAGAGCAUCUACCGACUUCUACCCCAGACCACCCCCGAGAACGUGAGCAAGAACUUUAGCCAGUACAGUGUGGACCCCACUACACGCUACCCCAACGUCAGCCUCAACUUGCUGGGCCCCGGCCAGGUGCGCCAUCUCAUAGACACGGGUGAAACUGACAACGCAGUUGGCUCUUCCACGCCCAAGCUGUUGCGAAAUGAAUCCAUUGCACGUUCCAACAAGUUGCUAAGCUGGUGCCAGCGGCAGACGGAGGGUUACCGGAAUGUAGCAGUCAGUGACCUGACCAUGUCCUGGAAGAGCGGCCUAGCCCUGUGUGCCCUGAUUCACCGCUUUCGGCCUGACCUCAUAGACUAUGACUUCCUGGAGGAGCAGGAUGUGGAGAACAACAACCAGUUGGCAUUUGAUGUGGCUGAACACGAGUUUGGCAUCUGCCCCAUCAUGACUGGCAAAGACAUGUCCUCAGUGUCAGAACCCGACAAGCUUUCCAUGGUCAUGUACCUUAGCCAGUUCUAUGAGAUGUUCAAGGACACAGUGCCCCCUGGUGAAAACCAGAACCUAAGUCCCGAGGAGAAGGCAGCUCUGAUUGCCAGCACCAAGUCACCCAUCUCCUUCCUGAACAAGCUGGGCCAGAGUAUUUCUCGUAAGCGUAACCCUAAGGACAAGAAGGAGAAGGAUCUGGAAGCCGGGAAGAGGAGAAAGACAAGUCAGGCUGGACAGUCGGAGGAUGAGGAGUCCCCAGCAGGCCAGGACAGGGGGCCAUCACACUCCUCGCCUCUGCGGGAAAGGAAGGCGCCAUGCAGUUCCUGCACCCCAACCGGUGCCGGCCACACCAGGGUCAAGUCCAUGGCCACCCAGCUGCAGGCUAAGUUCGAGGAGAGUACCCCCACUCCGGCCCCAACCUCAGCCCCAGGACUGAAGCGACAGUGCAUUGACAGGGGGGUGGCCACGGGUGAGGCCCCAGUGGAGCAGCCUUCGACGGAUGGGGAGGGGUGUUGGUGGCCCCCUGGGGAUCAGAAGACUGUGCGCACCCCCAGUAUUCAGGAGAGGGCUGCCCUCCUGGUCUGCCUCCUCUCGGGGAAGCCUGUGAAAACUCAGGCUAAGGACCAGUCCUGGAUGGCCCAUGUAGAGGACCAGCUUCUCUCUAGGGCCCCCCCUUCCCCCGACAUCCUCAGACAGAGAUAUGUUAAAUUAUACACAGGGGGAGUGAGCUCAUUGGCUGAACAGUUAGCCAAUCAGCUUCAAACUCAUGAGGAACCCAAGCCCUUUCUUGACAAGAAGGAAUUGACUUCCCUGCGGAAGGAGUUCCCACAGAACAUUGGGGGCAGUGAUGUCUGCUACUUCUGCAGCAAACGUGUGUAUGUGAUGGAGCGCCUGAGCGCCGAGGCCAAGUUCUUCCACCGGAGCUGCUUCAAGUGCGACUACUGUGGAACCACAUUGCGCCUGUCCUCUUAUGCCUUUGACCUGGAGGACGGCAAAUUCUACUGUAAACCACACUACUGCUACCGCCUGUCGGGUCAGGCCCUAAGGAAGAGGCCCGCUGCAGUUGGACCGGUUCCAGCCCAAAAGGAGAGCCCAGCCAUCCUGCCUGAUGUGUCAACAGUGGACGGCCUAGCAGGGGCCGAGGCCACACCACCUCUGGUUGAUCUCCGGCCUUCAGUCGAGGUCAAUGGUGUCCCGGAGGCUGGCUUGGCGAAGCGUUUGCGUGGCACACCUGAGCGUAUCGAGCUGGAGAAUUACCGGCUAUCACUGCAGCGUGAGGAGGAGCUGGAGGAGGUUCCAGAGGAGACGCUGGCCGAGCACAACCUGAGCAGCCUGUUAGACAAGGCCACUGACAUCGAGGAGGGCUCCAGCAGCUCUGAGUCGGAGAUGGAGGACGAGGAGCGACAGCAGGCAACCUCUGACCUGGGUGGAGUUCCCUGGAAACAGGCUGUAGAGCUGCAUGCCAGACUGAAGGGGGUCACUGCUCUGGCCACGGAAGGGGAGGAGCAAGGGGGGCGGCCCAGUGCCGAGGGACCUCAGGAAGAUGAGGAGGUGGACGAGGAUGAAGAAGAGGAAGAGGAAGAAGAUGAGGAGGAAGAUGAAGAGGAGGAUGAGGAAGAGGAGGAAUCCAGCGAUGAGGGGGAGUACUGCCCCUGGCAGAGGGAACUCCAGUCAGGUCUAUGGUUGGAGAGCUGGGCAGAUGAAGAGGAGACUGGUGUUUUGGAAGCCAGGAACCUCCCUGCUGAGCUUGGCCCCCAGCCCGGCAGUCAUCCCGCUGUCCAACUGAAUGUCCACUGGAUGCACGUCCACCCCAAGGGGGCCAUGGAGAGCAACGGGGAGGCGCUCCUAGCCUCUCAUCCCUCACGCUCCACAGAGCCCUGUGACCAAGAUGAUGACGCAGAAGCUGGAAGCCCUGAUGUGGAGCCUGGCACAGAGCUGGAUGAAGAGGAGAUUCCAUCAGAUACAGAGACAGAAAUUCAUUCACAGCAGAUUUCGGAAGACAAGCUGUCAUUGGCAGAUGAGGAAAGGUACAAAGGUGACACAUCACCCUGUGAUCAUGAGCAACCAGCUCAGCCGGUCUGUCUCAGACUGUCUGUUGGUGAUGGUAUGGUUUCUCCCCUUAAAGAUACUCAGGAGCCUGAAGCACAGGUCACUCAGAAGGCUCAAACUCCUGCCUUGGUUAAAUCCCCCGAUUUACACUUUUUCUCAGAACCAUUAGUUGGAGAGGAAGUCAAGCCAAAGGUGAACUCUCCUGUCCUGGAUACUAAGAGUCCCGUGUCUUCAUUUUCCCCCAUUUGCUCUCAGCCUGUUUCACUGCCAGAAACGGUUGCCCCAGAAUCCUCAGUGACCAAUGGCCAGCCCUGUUCCUGCUCCUCCGCAGGGAAUGCGCUCUCACCAAUAUGCACCCGGCCGCUUCUCUGCAAUGAACCUGCAGCGAGCCUCUCGAACUCCCCAGAGCGAAUGAAAGCCUCAUCUUCAGUGACAUCCACAUCACUCUCCAAACACAUUCCUACAAAGGCUUUGCCUGAGCUUUUGAAGCCAUUGGGCUUCAUGGAAGAAACACCUCUGAAGAAGACGGACAUCAUCGAGGAGUUUUGGUUGAAGAGUGCAGAGAUCAGGAGGAGUCUAGGUCUCACUCCACUGGAGAGGAGCAGACUCCCAGAAAAAGUUGUGAAGACCCAUACUCCUGACUCCUCCUCACCUAAGUCGUACACCCCUGAGGACCUGUCAGAGGAUCUGAGACCCCCCUUCAUUGGCCGGGCCGUCAUCCGGAGGCUAAAUAUUACUGUGGAGGGGCAGGUCAUCACAACUGUGGACAAAGAACCCAAAAGCACUGGCUCUGAGAGAAGGGACCUCAGCAGCAGCUCAGGUUUGGGCCUCAAUGGAAGCUCGGCCACCAGCCAGACGUUAAACAACUCUGACUCUGCCAUGCUGACCCCACCUUCCAGCCCUCCCCCACCCCCACCCGUCGAGAAUCCGCCUGCUGUUAAGCCAAAGAAGCACCAGGUAGGGUGGUCCAAUAUGCCCAAGGAGACUCCAGGACCAGUCCAGGGGCCUGUGCCUUCAGCUGUUCCAACUCAUACCACAGCAGCUCUUGGGAACAUGCCCAUCACCCCAGUGGUGGUGAAGCGAGAGAAAAGCAAACCUCGGCGAGAUGAUGUUCGUAAGUCUUUUGUGGAGAGUGUGGAUGAGAUCCCAUUUGCAGACGAUGUAGAAGAUACUUAUGAUGACCGGACGCCAGAUGCCAGUGUGCUAGAACGAUUCUCCACCCCUCCCAAUAGGAGGCAGGAUAAGAACAAGCUCCCUUUCCACCUGGCCCUGGCUAUGGAGAAUGGCAAGCCCAGUGUCAUUGCAAGGGACACCCUGUCCAAGCAGCUGCCUAAGAUGGAGUCUGAGGCUCAUAGAACGCCCCAAAAUGUUGCUUCAGAUGUGUCAGGGAAGAGUAUGAAGACCCCUCAGCCACCUAGCUCUUCGUCGACAUCAGCCGUGAAAGCUCUGGAGUCGCGAAAGCAUGCAUUGACACUCUCUGAGCGUUUCAUCUCUGGACAUGCCCAGAAGAGCCUGGACAGUUCUGGGGCCUCCUCCGAAGGUUCCUCAGCGGGCAGGAUCAAGAAGCGCAGCUCCCUUUUCUCUCCACGUAAAAACAAGAAGGAGAAGAAGAGCAAGAGUGACAGCUGCUCCUCUGGCAAGCAGAGCUCUGAGGAUGCUCCCAAGCACAAGUCCCUCUGGAAGGUGGUGUUCUCAGGGUACAAGAAGGACAAGAAAAAGAAGAAGAUGGACAACAAAUCCUGGUCCAGCACCCCCUCCAGUGCUGCUACCAUGGGCUCGUGGAAAAGGAGAUCUUCAUCCCUCGAGCGGACAUUAGAGCUCCAUUUGCGAAAAAAUCUGAGUUUCUCUGAAGAAUCAGAUCUGUCCUGUGACGACAUGCUGGAGAGAGCCUCCCAGAGGUCUAAAACCGAAUUUGUUUCGCUUCAUCUGCCCAAGCGCUUGUACAUCCCUCAUACUGCAGCGGCCAGGAAAGCGCACGCCUUCAAGAAAACGUACACCGAGGAAGAGCUGAAUGCCAAACUGACGCGGCGGGUGCAGAAAGCUGCGCGUCGACAAGCCAAACAGGAGGAGCUCAAGCGGCUGCACAGAGCCCAGAUCAUUCAGAGGCAACUGGAGCAGGUGGAGGAGAAGCAGAGGCAGUUGGAGGAGAGGGGCGUGGCAGUAGAGAAGGCACUGCGAGGGGAAGCAGGGUGGUAUAAAGGGUCUUACAUUAGUCCAAAACAGCAUAAAAGAAGAUCAGACUUUUGGGGAGAGUCUAAUUACACUGAAGUCCUGGACUUACAUCUGGGUGGAAUGGGCAAGAAAGACGACCCCAAGCUCAUGCAAGAAUGGUUCAAGCUGGUCCAAGAGAAGAACGCCUUGGUCCGCUACGAAUCUGAGCUGAUGAUAUUUGCUCGUGAACUUGAGCUAGAAGACCGGCAAAGCCGACUUCAGCAAGUCUUGAGGGAACGAAUGGCUGUGGAAGAUGACAUGAAAACAGAAAAGGAGCUGGCAGAGGAGAAGCAGAUCCUAAGUGAGAUGCUAGAGGUCGUGGAACAGCGUGACUCCCUGGUGGCUCUCCUGGAGGAGCAGCGGCUGAGGGAAAAGGAAGAAGACAAAGACUUGGAGGCCGUCAUGCUCUCCAAGGGCUUCAACCUCAACUGGGCAUGAAUAAGCUUAUCCAGGGAACUCUUUCCUUCUGAAGGCCAAGCCCUUGUUCUACCACAGCAUUAUUAUUCUCCAUUGACAUCUGAGAAAGUUUACAUGCUCACCCAUACUUUAAAAAUCACAUUGGGUGGAAGAAAAACUGAUGUGGUUUCCCUUAAUAGAGCUGUCUUCACUUGUCAUUUUGAACUCCUCAUAUGUAUUUAAGUGUUUUUUUAUCUCAUUUUUAGAUGACGGUUGGGAAAGUGCUCUGUACCUUUGGACUUUGAGCUUGCUCACUGUGUAUAUGAAUGUACAAAACCCACGGACUGGCAAUCAGCAGAUUAUUUAUUAACUUUCACACAAGUAGCAACUCAAUUCGAAUCCACCUGGACUAUCUGGCUCCAUGCAGCAGAAUUCCAUCUUCUUCCACAGUCUGUCUCAGUUCCUUCUCCUGUGUUGCCAGCCAGGCUUUUUGGAAGAAAAAAAAUAAACCACUGCUUCAACUGCCUUUCUCUUUGAACUGCUAUACCCUGAAUUUAGAAGACUGCUAUUGAUAACAUCUUCCUGUAACAAUUGCAAUGCAAACAUUUUCAGACCUGUACCAACUCUUUUACUUCUUUAUUCCUAAACAUUUUUUACAUUUUUAAUGCAAAAUGUGUUUACCCUACUCUAGUAAUUUUUACAGUGGUAUUGCCUGGAUUGAUAUGAGGGUCAGAUGUGUUAUGCAGUACUGUUGUAUCAGUGAGUUGGACGAGAGCACACAUUACCAGCUGUAGCUCUCUUUAUAAAAAAAUAAAAUUCAGGUAUAGAUAUUUAGGCUUACGGAAAAGAACUGACCACGUGGCUUUUCCUGUGUCUGUAAUUAGAAAUGCGUUGGUUGAACUAGUUAAGCUGUGGGACUGGUGAAUGUUCUUUCUCACAUUCCUUUGGUCAUGUCACAGUCCAUGAGAUACCCCACUCCAAAUCUGGCCGAAGUGCACCAAAAAGACAGCUCACUGCUGCAUAAUGGAGCUGCAUUUUUUAACAUCUAGACCCACAUAUGCUGCCACUUUUUUUUUACAGUAAUAUCAAAACAUCUUUAUAUAAAGACCAUGUAAUACAAAAGGGAGAGUUCAAAAUGAUUGUUUAUUGUGCAAAAUCUCUAAGUAAGGCUCUUAAAUGCCUUUUCCAGUAGCGUUUUUUUUUAAACUUGAGUUUGUAAAUCUGGUUUUCUGUUCCAUUUCUGAGGUAGCAGUAGCAAAACUUUUCCACAUAUCUUUUUGUACGUUACUCAUAUUUUUUUUUUUUUUAUGAUCUAUAAGUGAUGAGACAUCAUAUGAAUGAGCGAUGUGAGGCAACGGCAAGCUGCUUUACCUAGUAUCCAUGGAAGGACAACGUGCGCUUCUUUGUGGUCACACACAGUGGGAAUUUGUGUAGAGGAUUAUGAGUAAAUGAUUAAUAGGAUAAAUAGGUGUACAGGAUUUUAGAAUGACUUCGAGGUGGAAUGUUUUUGUUAUUUAUUAACUUAUGAAAAGGGACAUGUAUCAUAUGUAAAGAAAAUUUAUUAAUUUUUAAAACAUUUUGCUGUUCUUAUAAACUUAAUGUAUCUUAGUGGCAUACUUGUGUUGAUUGUAUAUUUCAUGAUUAAUAAAAGCAAUGCAGAGGGUAUUUUACAGAA